GUGCGUAUACGUGUCGCGCACAUAUGCACCUCUGCUAGCCAUAAUCCGGCUGCAGCGAGCGGACCGAGGGGCUUGCGCAACCAGUAGUCCCCGCGGGGGGCUCGCUCCAACAACUAUACCUCUCGCAGCAGCCAACACAGCCACUCACACCAAGCUUACCAGCCACACACUUGACGACACGCACACACGCACACACGCAAACACACGAACAGUGAUGCAGGCCACAACGGCCCCCCCGCUCCGCCGCGCGGGGCUGCUGCCGCCAGGCCAGGCUGCGAGCCGCGCGCUGCCGGUCCGCCCCCACCCGUACCUCUGGGGCGGCUGCGCCACCGGUGCCGCCGCCGCCGCCGCCGUCGCCGCCGCCUCUAGUUGCCCGGCGGCGUUCGCUCCGGCGGCGGCCUUCCGCCUCAACGCGCCCCGGAGGCGCGGCGUGCUGCCGCCGGCCCGGGGACUGACGCCCUGGUCGGAGGCCGAGACGGAUCCGGACCCCGAGCCGUACAUCAGGCAGGGCGGGCGCCGCAAGGCCGCCGCCGCCGCCCCCGACCCCGCUUUCCCCACAGUGGACCAUCAGUACAACCCCCCGCCGAGCUCCACAACUCCCCAACAGCAACAACAGCAAUCGCAGUCAACCGCUGACAGCCGCUACAGCUGGCCGACACAACAGCAGCAGCAGCAGCAGCGCGGCGUGUCAGAUUGGGGGGACGACUCAGCCCCCUCUGCGCCGCCGCUGCCCCCGCAGCUGCAGUACCCGCCGCCGCCGCAGCAGCCGAUGUCACCCGCGGCUGUAGCAGCUGCAUCCGCGAGUCCGGUGGGGGCUGGGCUGCUGCUGCGGCGGGCGGUGGACGGGCUGCUACUGCCGGCGCUGGCGGGCGGACUGGUCGGCUACGGCCUCCUGGGUCUGCCGCCGGGGGCGCCGCUGGGGCUGGCGGCGGCGGCGGGCGUGCUGGCACGAGCCCUCUUCUCGGCCCUGGCUGAGACCGUGCCGUUCACGGGUCGGCGCCACCACCUGCUGCUGCCGCUGGGGGUGGAGCUGGCCAUGGGGGAGGCCAGCUUCAGGUCCUUCAUUUCGCAGCAGCGCAAGGCCGGCAAGAUCUUGAGCCGCCGGAGCAGGGAGCACCUGCUGGUGGCCGAGGUGGCCAACCACGUCAUCGCGGCUGCCAUGAGGGGGCACGGCGGCGGUAGCCGAGACCACUUGAGCCGCUUCAAGUGGGAGGUGGUGACAGUGGACGACGACACCCCAAACGCCUUUGUGCUUCCCGGCGGCAAGGUGGUUGUUCACAGCGGUCUGCUGCGGCUGCUGGGCGGGCGGCGCGACCUGCUGGCCACGGUGCUGGGGCACGAGGUGGCGCACGCCGUGGCCAGGCACGGGGCGGAGAAGAUGACAUUGGGCGUGUGUGCGGCCCUGGCGCUGCGGGUGCUGGCGGCGGCUGCCUCCCGCACCGCCACACAAGGCAGUAGCCAACGGCAGGCGCAGCAGCAGCAGCAGCGGCAGUACGACAGCACACGCGCCUCCUGGCCCGACGCCGGCUGGCCGUCCUUCCUGGGCGGCCGCCCACAGCAGCGGCAGGCCGCCGCCUCCGCCGCCGCGGCUGCCGAGGAGGAGGAGGUGGACUACGGCCUGGGUCCGGGCUCGCUUGUGUCGCAGCUGCUGGAGGGCGCGGGCGCCUCCGCCGCCGCCGCCGCAGCCCACGAGUACGCACGGCACGCCGCCAGCGCCGCCUACGUCGGCCGCGGCGGCGGCAGCCCCUACGGCGGCGGCCGCGGCGGCGGCGGCGGCGGCGGUGGCUCGCUGCCUGCCGGCCACCCGCUCCUGUCGCCCGAGGUGACGUCGCUGCUCAACAACGUGCUGCUGCAGCUGCCCUUCUCCAGGCGCGCCGAGGCGGAGGCCGACCUCAUCGGCCUCAAGCUCAUGGCGCUGGCCGGCUACGACCCCGCACUGGCGCCACAGACAUUCAGGCAACUGGACGCGGCGGAGCAGCACCGGCACCGCGGCGGCGGCGGGCUGGGCGGGCUGCUGGCGGGGCGGGGCUCGCCGGCCGCCGGGCUGCAGAAGGCGGCGUCACUGGGGUGCACCCACCCGCGCAGCGCCCACCGGGUAAAGGCGCUGGAGGCCGAGGUGGCGGCCAUGGUGGAGGCCGGGCCGCAGGGCUACGAGACAGUGUUUACGCACCCUAGCUACUGGAGCCUGUGAGCGGUGGCUGCGUGUGUUAAAAGCACAAGGAAAACGUGUGUGUGUAUGUGUGUGUGUGUGCGGUGUUUGGGUGGCUGGCUGUAACAGCUGGACGGACAGUGGGUCACAUAGAAGGUCCUCUCAAAGUUGUCAUCCGAGGUCUUUCCCUAGAGGUGCAUCGUUGGGAUUGGGGAAUGUGGGUUCGUUGUUCACGGGCUAGUGAGAGCCAUAGUUGCAUAGGUGCAGGGACCGCAACAGGUGAGAUGCAAGAUGUGAAAGGCUAGGGCGGGGUGCCAGUGAUGGCUGAUCGGCACGAGACGGGAAGUACGGCCUGAUAGUGUGGGGCUGUGAGCACUGUGAGACUGUGCCAGUAGAGUUGAGAGUCACUCACACGAAAGGGAAGCAGCAGCAGUGCCACUUGUAAUUGGAACUUUUG